ACGGAAGUGUGGUUGCUGAUUCUCUGCCUCCAUGCUGUCUGCCCCUGCUCCCGCUGCUUGUCUUCACACCUGUGAAUAGUUUGGAGUCGGUUUGACGGUUAGAAAGACGAGGGAAAGAGAUGAACAGUGAAAACUUCACCCUGAGUGAGAAGAUAGUGUCACCCUCCUACAUUCGACAGGGGUCUCAGGCGCGUCGUGGCCAUGAGCAGCUCAUCAGACACUUACUGGAGCAGGGGAAGUGUCCAGAGGAAGGAUGGAGUGAGAGCACCAUCGAGCUCUUCCUGAAUGAACUGGCUGUGAUGGACAGCAAUAACUUCCUCGGCAACUGUGGAGUGGGGGAGAGGGAAGGCCGGGUGGCGUCCAGCCUUGUUGCAAGACGACAUUACAGGUUGAUCCAUGGCAUAGGUCGGUCAGGUGACAUCGCUGCUAUUCAGCCCAAAGCUGCAGGAUCCAGUUUGCUAAACAAGCUGACCAACUCGGUUGUGUUGGACAUCUUGAGGCUUGCAGGUGUGCGGAGUGUGGCAAGCUGCUUUGUAGUUCCCAUGGCAACGGGAAUGAGCUUGACUCUGUGCUUCCUGACCCUUCGCCAUCGGAGGCCCAAGGCUCGCUACAUCAUUUGGCCUCGCAUUGACCAGAAGUCCUGUUUCAAAGCCAUGAUCACAGCAGGCUUUGAACCUGUGGUGGUGGAGAAUGUUCUUGAAGGCGAUGAGCUGCGGACGAACUUGGAAGCAGUCGAGCGCAAGAUCAAGGAGCUUGGAGCCGAGAACGUCCUGUGUGUUCAUUCAACAACGUCCUGCUUUGCCCCGCGAGUCCCCGACAGGCUUGAGGAGCUCGCCACUCUAUGCGCCAAGUAUAGCAUUCCGCACAUAGUUAACAAUGCAUACGGCGUACAGUCGUCCAAAUGCAUGCACUUGAUACAACAGGGGGCCCGCGUAGGAAGGAUCGAUGCCUUUGUGCAGAGCUUGGACAAGAACUUUAUGGUUCCAGUAGGUGGCGCCAUAAUCGCAGGUUUUGAUGAGUCCUUCAUACAAGAGAUUAGUAAGAUGUACCCAGGUCGAGCAUCAGCCUCGCCCUCCCUCGACGUCCUCAUUACCCUUCUCACUCUGGGAGCCAACGGCUACAAGAAACUCCUGUCAGAAAGAAAGGAGAUCUAUUUGUUCCUGGCUCAGGAGCUGAAGAGUCUGGCCUCUGCACACGGGGAGAGACUGCUUCACACCCCACAUAACCCCAUUUCACUGGCCAUGUCUCUGGAUGGCCUCCAGACUGAGAAUGACAAGGCAGUGACUCAACUGGGCUCCAUGCUGUUUACCCGGCAAGUGUCAGGAGCCAGGGUAAUACCUCUGGGCAAGGAGCAGACCAUAAGCGGGCACACGUUCCACGGCUUUAUGUCACACUCGGAGGCGUACCCCUGCCCUUACCUCAACGCCGCCUCGGCUGUUGGCAUCACUCGAGAAGAUGUAACACUGUGCAUGAAACGGCUCGACAAGUGCCUGAAGACUCUGAAGAAAGAGUUAAAUGCUGCUAAAAGUCCUUCCCCGGUCCUUUCACCAAACCAGGAGGACGCUACAGGAGAAGAGACAAAGUGAUUUUCACGGACCUGUGCAGCCUGCGCGUACUUCUGACCUGGUUUGCUGCUUUCCACAUCUUUUGCUGAUGUUGCAGAGAUGCUGUGAGGAUAGUCAGGCCCACUUUUUUUCUGCAGGACAGUUUUAAAGGAUCCCUCUUUACUGAUCAAGUCUGCUGCAGUGUGUAAAUCAAAAAAAGGCUACCACUGAGAAACUUACACGGUUACGCAAUCAAAUAAUCAGUUUGAUAAUUAAAGUGUUUUCUCAGUGGUUUAAGAUUCUUGCUGCCUCUUGUUUUCCUUCAUCUCUCACCACCAAAAUAGACUGCCUUUAAAAAAAUAUUCCUCCUGAAUCUGCACUCCACACACUCAAUCAUAAGGCUAAGUACCCCAGGGAUGUUGCUGCUUAACAAAUGGCCCCUUCACUCCUGGCUCUAAGCAGCAGCCAGGUAAAGUUCAGAGAUGAUGGAGAGCCGGAGUGUCGCAAACAGGGCCACAGAUGAGAGGCCUGGCACCAGAAGGUGUACAGUUUAUGAAACUACCUGACAAAGCCCUGAAAUAUUCUGGUUAAAAGCAGGAAUCGUUGCUGAUGGGAUGGUCGAUGUGU